AUGGGGAAGAAUCAUCGAAGAAGUUUCUUUGAUAUUUCCAUUGAUGGACGAGAAGCUGGUAGAAUUGUUUUCGAAUUGUUCGACGAUGUUGCGCCUAAAACAACGGAGAACUUUGUGAAACUCUGCACUGGAGCUGCAGGACUUGGUAAGCAGAGCGGUAUGCCACUACAUUAUAAAGGCUCAACUUUUCACAGAGUCAUCAAAGAUUUUAUGAUUCAGGGUGGCGAUUUCACAACCGGUAAAGGUACUGGAGGAGAGUCCAUUUAUGGAGGUCUUUUUGAUGAUGAACCUUUCGUUUUGAAACACGAUCAGCCCUUUUUGCUUUCUAUGGCUAAUAAGGGUCCUAACACAAAUGGGUCGCAGUUCUUCAUCACAACAAAAGCCGCUCCACAUCUAAACAACAAGCAUGUUGUCUUUGGCAAGGUCAUUUCUGGCAGUGAAGUUGUUACUGAAAUUGAGCACCUCAAAGUAAAUGCACGCUCUUGCCCCAUAGCUGAUGUUAUCAUCACUAACUGUGGAGAGUUGGUGAGAAAAAGGAAAAAGGAAGUUUCUAGCUCUGAGAGCGAAUCAUCCGAUAGGUGAGU